AUGAUGAAGCAAGAGCAGGCAACCCUAGGCCCGCAUCCCCCAAAUCCUCCUCCUCGGAGGCCGAGGGUGAGGGAGGUCAGUUCCAGGUUCAUGUCUCCAAUUGCUUCUCCCUCCUCCUCUCUUUCCCCUCUUCCGUCCAAUAAACAGCGCUCCAGCUUCGUGCAAAGGCAGCGCCGCAACCAGGAAUUGGACGCCGACUGCAGCCCGCAGCGAAAACAACAACAACAACAACAUCAGCGUGCUGUGGUCAAGCUUUCCAAGAAGAACGAACCAAGAUCCCAUACCCAUAAUCACAGGCCCGAUACCCCUACACUCAACCCCAUCAACACAUCCUCUUACUCUAAAUUACUAUUGAUGCAUCAACGUUCCACCUCCAACAUCAACAUCUCAUCAGCUGCUGCGAAGCUGUUGAAAUCCACUGGGAUCUCCAUUUCCACUGAUUCCUCUUCGGAUCAUCACAACAUCAAUAAUGGUGUCAGAAGCUCUCUUCCUGAUCUCCUCGGCGAUACUGAUACUAGCAGCUGCGAUCCCUCCUUGUUUCAUUCACUCAAAUCUGCAAAGCUGCCUCCAGUGGGCCCUUGCUCCAAGAUCCCUAUUGAUGCUUCUAGAAAAACAAAGAAAGUUUCUAGUCACCAAGAAGACGUGCAAUCUCUCAAGCUGCUGCACAACCACUACCUGCAGUGGAGAUUUGUCAACGCAAAAGCACAGGCUUCCACACAAGCUCAGACAAGCGAAACUGAGAGAAACCUGUAUUCCCUUGGUGUCAAGAUAGCAGAAUUAUACAACUCAGUGAAAAGAAAACGCGUUGAGCUUGGCCUUCUGCAGAGAAUCAAACUUUUAUGGACCAUUAUUGAAGCUCAAAUGCCAUAUCUGGAUGAAUGGUCAGCUUUUGAAACGGAUUAUUCAGUAUCCCUGUCAGAAGCAAUUCAAGCUUUAUUGAAUGCCUCACUUCAAGUCCCAAUCAGUGGAAAUGCUAGAGCUGAUAUUAGGGAGGUAGGGGAGGCAUUGAACUCUGCAGCAAAAUUGAUGGACACAAUAGCUUUUCACAUUGAAAGCCUUAUGCCAAAGGCUGAAGAAACAGAACAUUUGAUCUCAGAAGUAGCUAGGGUGACUGGAGGAGAAAGAGGUCUUAUUGAAGAAUGUGGGGAUCUGUUGUCAAUGACAUGUAAUUCACAGGUGAAGGAAUGCAGCUUGCGAGGGCAGCUAAUUCAGUUCUAUCAGAGCCGUCACAAUCAACAACAGGGAGAGGAGCAAUAAUGGACUCCGUAUUAUUUGUUUCUACAUACAUGAAGCAUGGAUGGAGUAGAUAAGUAGAAUCAUCUCAUGAAUCUCUCUCCGAUUCUGCCUCAAAUGAGCUUUUUUGGGGCCAUAUUGUUUGUGCCUUUGCAUUUACAAUAUGCAUAUAAAGAGUAUGUCUUUUUUUUUUUUUUUUUUGUUAUGGUAUUGUAUGUACCACCAUAGCAAGCAAUAUUAAACUGUAAUAAAAAUCACCAAUUGGAGAGUUU